GAGUUCUCUAAGGGAGGACUGGUAGGGGAGGAGAGCUUGAGACAGCCAUAUGGAAAAGAAAUGGCAAAGACCCAGAGGCAGUCCGUCUUCCUAGCGGGCUGUUGGCAGCUCUUGGUGAACUAUGGAGUAAAAAGCUCCGAGCUGAGAAGUCAGGACGGGAUGAUAGUGACCUACCCCAGGAACUCCACCUCCCAGCCUGGCUCUUAGAUUUUGUUCUCAGUCAGUUGGACCCACGUGAUCCAGUUUAGUGGAGAACUAGGAUUUGUAUGAGUGAAUUAUCCCAGCCAGAGAGAUUCUGUGCCCUAGCAGAAGAGAAUGAAGUCGCCUUUCUACACAAUAUUCUCCAGCCUAGAAAACUGGACUGCCAUCUUCUUCUUCCAGGGCUUCCUGGUCUACUAUCAAGUUGUGGUCAUGACCUGCAGCCCUUCCCAAAAUCUAUCCUAUGGUGGUUUAGAGUCUGGAGAAGAUAUCUACCAAAGUAAGAUCCCCUACCCAUGCCAUGAGCCAUAUUACAAGACAGUGCCUGCCGAGGACAGUGGCCAGCCUCUACCUGGAACAUUCACUGACUCAGCCCAGGACAUCUGGAAAGGCAGAGAGAGAAGUGGGAAGAUUCCUCAAUGUUCACCUGUAUGUGGACAACCAUCCACUCCUAUUGACCAGGACCAGGGGGCCCUUGGUGCAUCUAAAGCAAAGCUAGGGAACUUCCCAUGGCAGGCACUCACCAUCAUCUAUGGGCGUGGAGGAGGAGCCUUGCUUGGAGAUCGCUGGAUCCUCACAGCUGCCCAUACCAUCUACCCUAAGGACAGCUUCUUCCAGGAGAACCAGAGUGUGGAUGUUUUCCUAGGACACACAGACAUAGAGGAAAUCAUAAAGCUGGGUGCUCACCCUGUCCGUAGGGUCAUUGUGCACCCAGACUACCGCCCAGAAGAGCCAAACAACUUUGAAGGUGACAUUGCACUACUGGAAUUAGAGAACAGUGUCCCCCUGAGCCCCAACCACCUCCCCAUCUGUUUGCCGGACAAUGAAACUCUCUAUAGCAGUGGCUUGAUGGGCUAUGUCAGUGGCUUUGGGAUGGAAAGGGGCAAGCUGGUUAGCCAGCUGAAAUAUGUGAGUCUGCCCAUCGCCAAGAGAGAGGCUUGUGAGGCCUGGCUUCUGGAGAAAAAUAGAACUGAGGUAUUUUCCUCAAACAUGUUCUGUGCUGGAGACAGGACCAUAACUCAAGAUGCCUGCCAGGGGGACAGUGGAGGAGUCUUUGCUGUGUGGGACAAUACUACAGAGCGUUGGAUGGCCACAGGCAUUGUGUCCUGGGGCAUUGACUGCAGCAAAGGGUAUGGCUUCUACACCAAGGUCCUCAACUAUGUGGACUGGCUCAAGAGGAUAAUGGAAGGGGAGGCCUGAGCCCCUAAAGUUGCUCUAGCCUUGGCUCAGAAAUCACCAUAGGUUGGAGGUUCUCAAAGUGUGGUUUCAGGAAGUGCACAAAGUCUUUGACAACACUGUCAUUUUAAUUCUAAUAUGGUAAAUGCCAAUAGACAUGACCCACAUAAACAAAAUUUAUUUGGGGUCCUCAACAAUUUUUAAGAGCGUAAAAAAUGCUGACAUCAAAAAGUUUGAGAACCACUGCUAUAGGGAAAGAAAAUGACUCUUGGGUAGAUCAUAAUUGCUUCCCAAGCAGCAUCCACAUUAAAAUCACUGAUCCAGCACCCAAAGGUGUAAAAUGAGUUAUUUUCUCCCCUAUCCCCAUCCACCUCCAGUAACUAAAACAGAUCUGAGAAGUGAAUAGUAUUUACAGCCUCUUACAACCAGUACCCGGCCUGCCUACUGGUUUCCAUGGAUCCCUGUGGGGUUCCAUCAAGGGCACUCUCCCAUUCAUUAUUUUUUUUCCUUUUUUUAAAAUUAAAUUUAAUUUUUUGUUACAUUUUAAGUUCUGAACUGUUUCUUCCCUUCCUCCCUCCCUCUCCACUCCACAUUAAAGAAAGCUACCAUUUGAUGCAGAUUUAUAAAUAUACGCAAAACUG